AGAAAUAUUACACCAGCCUGAGAGCGUGGGGAUCAGUUUAAAAGGACUGAAUUGUAUUUAGUCCCUUUCCUAUCGCUUAUCGUAUAGAGCAUCACGUGACCGAAACUGCGGGCUGAUUUUUUUGCGGAACAUUAACCUUGUGAAGGCAAUGUUUUUAUUGGGCACUGUCGAACCGGCAAUGGCGUUUGAUUUGCGGACCUUCGUUCUUUCGUCGCUGCUCUUUCGGCGUAACGCGCUCGAUUUAUAAUUCUAAAAUGACACACGAGUGAAUUCAUUCAAAAUUUGGAUUUCAAACUGUUCAUUCUAUACUCAACAUUCCAUGCUAUACCGACUUGACGGACAAUCAACAAUUGGACUGUUAACUUCCUGCCUGAUUUAAUUUUUUGCAGGAUUCGAAAUCAUGGCUAUUCAUUGGCGAACAACAUUUCUCAUUGCAUCAUUCAUUCUUCCAUUUUAUUUCUGCAAUGCUGAGCAACAGUUCAUUGAUAGCUUAGAUAUUUUGGAAUCUCUGUCGCAGAUAGCACUUUUGCGACAUCAUCCAACAUCUGCUUAUUCAAAUGCAAAUAUCUCGGAAAGCUUUUCUCUGUUGUUUGAAGACUUGCAUAAUCAAAAUCUGACAUAUGCUUUACCAAAUUUGAACUGUUCGUCUUUAUCGCAGUUCCCUUUGUUGCCGAAAAAUUUGUGCAAUGAUGGACAUUUGCUUAAGUGCAUGUCUGCAAGUGACAUGUUGGAGCUAGUUCCACAAUCAACAAAAACUGUAAGUGAAGCACUUGCAAGAUUAUGUCCAUUGCUGCUACUUCAGCUUCAUAAUAGUGCUUGUUCAGUACCUGUUUCUGAUCAGAUUACUAGUCUAAAACCUUCUAGUUUGGCAGUUUGGGGCUAUGGACUUCUUUUUGUCACAGUCAUAAGUUGUUGCUCAUUAGUUGGUGUCAUUAUUCUGCCACUUCUAAGUAAGAAUGUUUACCAAGUUGUCCUGAUGUUAUUUGAAGGAUUGGCUGUUGGAAGCUUAGUUGGAAGUUCAUUGUUUCAUCUCAUUCCUCAGACUUUCAAACUUGUUGGACAAGAUGAAGAGCAUAAUUAUUUAUGGAAGUCACUAUUAAUUUUUGGUGGAAUUUAUCUAUUUUAUCUGAGUGAAAGGUUCAUGAAAAUAAUUAUUGAUGUGAAAAAGGAAAGAAAAUUAAAGAAAUCUGGUUAUCAAAUCAAAGAAAACUCAAAUGAAUUUCUGAAAACUUUGCCCGAGACUAAUCAUACCAUUAUUGUUACAUCUGUGAAAGAGGAAAAAAAUGAAAACGGCAACUAUACCAAUGGUUCUUUGCCAAUACUCACUGCAGAGAGUUUUAACAAUCAAAAUAACUACAAGAUCAAUGAUGCCACAACUGAGCACAUGAUAGUAAAAUCAUAUCCUGUUGAAGCUGAGAUUGCUAAUUCUCAUCAUACUCAUCAUCAUGAACACACAAUCCAUUUUGAGAAAGGUAAAUCAACCAUUGCUACGGUGGCAUGGAUGAUUAUAUUUGGAGAUGGACUGCAUAAUUUCAUUGACGGAUUAUCUAUUGGAGCUGCCUUCUCGGAGAGCAUUCUUGCAGGUGUCAGUAUAUCGGUUGCUGUUAUCUGUGAAGAAUUUCCCCAUGAAUUAGGUGAUUUUGCUGUUCUUUUGGGUGCUGGGAUGACAAUGCGCCAAGCAUUACUUUACAAUUUCCUGUCUGCAAUCACAUGCUAUUUGGGACUUGUUUUGGGGAUUAUUCUUGGUGACUUAGCAGAAGGAGCUCCGUUUAUUUUUGCCUUAGCAGCUGGAAUGUUUUUGUAUAUAGCUCUUGUAGAUAUGAUGGGUGAGCUUGGUGAAGUUUUAGAAGAAGCUCGUCAGAAAGGGAUAAAACAACAACUGAAAGUGUUUUUUAUUCAGAACAUUGGCAUCAUACUUGGUGUAGCCAUUUUAUUUGUAAUGGCUCGAUAUCAGGAACAUUUCAAUUUUGAAAACUUAAGCACUUUUGCAUCUAGUCAAGAGGAAACAAUAGACGAUCGAGUGAAGCAACUCUAUUCAGGACUUCAAGAAGCAAAAAAUUUGCAAAGCGUUCUCACUAAUUAAUUAUUCAUAGAGAUCUUUUUUCCUAACCUCAGUUCCUUAACUGAAGUCAUUCUCAUAGUAAGCAAUUUUCGGUAAAUGAAAUUGCUGCUGUUAUAAUGCAUUUGGAUUUUAUGGGCUUGUAGAUAUUUUUAACUAUGAUGAUCUCUGUGACCUUUUUUAGGUGAUCAUAUUUUCCUAUUUUACUCAAAUGAUGUGUGUAUCUAAAUGAUCAGAUGAAUAUUUUUAAGGAAGGAAUCAUUUUAACUGCAACAGAAUUGAUGGGUUUAAAAUGUGGCUUCCAUGAAGAUAAUUAGAGCUUAAAUAAUAGCUGUUUGCUUUAUGAAUUAUCAUUUUAUUUAAAGAAAAUACGUAUUUUUAAGGUUGAAUAACAUUAUUUCAUAGCAGGGUUCCUUUAACUAUAGGUUAUAACAAAAAUAGGAUGUUAAAGUGACUUUCGCAUCGGCUUCAUUAUUUUUUUUAACAACUUAAGUUUAAAUGAUUACAAAAAUCAUUCUGACUUGUAGCAUUUCAUUCAAAUUUUUCUGAAUAGCUAUUUUAAAUUCAUUCUAUUUUAGGGUUUGAACAAAUUUUUAUAUGGAAAAUGGGAUUGUGAGAGAAAUAUUGUAAGGUCCUUUACAGCAGGGCUGAAUUUAAACUGAAAUAUCUGGUUUGUCUGUUGCAAUCAAAAGUGUUUGUGUUGGUAUAAAGUUUUAAUGAAUUAAAAGCUGGCAUUUUGAUUUUACUAUUUAAAGACAAUUGUUAUUUGUAGAACAAAGAAUUGUCAUUUCUGUAUCUUCUGCAAAUUUUUAAUGACUUUAUAUUAUAAAAACUAAACAAAACUUUACUUUUUGUGUCAAAUUUUCAAAUUUCUAGGUAAGAAAUGACAUUAACUUUCCUAUAACCUAUAUAAUUGUGUUUAAUGAUUUAUUUUUAUCACUUAUUGUAAAUAGUAUGUCUAUUGUUGUCUUUAAAAAGUAAAUGAAUAUUUUUUUAGUAUUCAUUUUAUGUAAUUAUGUUGUGCAAUUUUUAUGUAUUUCCUGAACUGUGAUUUAUUUUAUGUGCUCUAUUUAAGAGUUUUAUGCAUGUAGCUAUAUAUUGAUUGAUUGAUAAAUAUUUGAGAUUACAGAUUUUGGAAGAAUUGUGUAAAUUUACUUAUGAAUGCAGUACUAAGAUUAAAAUAUCAUUAAUCUAGUAUUCUGCAAUAUAUAAGUAAUUUUCCCUUUUACAAAUUUUUGGGUCCAGUCAUUUCUUAUUUAUGUUCUAGUAAAAUGAUUCUUACUAGAAGUCUUAAACAUUUAUCAUUUAAUAUUAAUUUUAAUUUUAUACAGCAAAUAAUAUUCAUAUAGAUAAAUUACUUUUUUUAAUGAUGGACUGUAUCUUAGAAUUUAACUUUGUUUUAUGAAAAAAUAUACAAUUACAUUAUCUUUAUUAAGUAACAUGCAGAAAACCAAAGAUGCUUUGUAACAAAUUUAUUGUUCACAUUGCAAAGAAAUAGCUUUAUUUUAAGAAUAUAUUUUUCUUAUAAAUGUAUGAGAUUUGUUAUGUUCCUUAUAUUCAAGAACUUUUGUUCUUUGAUAUUUUGAUUUUAGUUUUUGCUUUUAGUUUAUUUAGAUUUGGUAGUGAACUUAGCACACUUUAUAGUUUGAGUACAACUUAGUUUUUGUCUUUGCAUUUAGCUCUAACUUUUAUUUGUUAUUUUCUUUUGAUUAUUAAAUAUAUUUAAAUUAAUAUUUUCAAUGCUUUUUCUAUUUCAUCUGUAUAAUUUAUCUUUCAGUAAUAUCUUAUUUCAUAAUUUUUCAUUUUAAUCUUAACUCCAAAACAGCAUUCAAAUUUCUGUCAUAAAAUUUUUAAAAUGAAAUUUCAACCUAACAAUAAAAAAAAAUUCUUCAAAUGCUUGUCUAAUUCUAUUCAAAAAUUUGCUAUUUAAACAUGCACACUGUAAUGAUCAAACUGUAAAAUACUUGCUAAAAACCUUAUGGUUAAAGAACUUAUUUUUUUAUAAUUUUGUUAUAAAUAAAAAAAAAAUAGAAAUGUUUCACAAUCUUAAUUCAUUAUCAUAUAGCUAUAAUUGAUCAAUUUUUUCUACUAAUUCAUUUUUAUCAAUUUAUUUUAUGGAUUGCUCCAACCUGCUAUAAAUGAUAUUCAAAAUUAUCAGUUUGAAGCGAAAGCUGUUCUCCUAGCAGGUUAUAAUGGAAACAUUUUAAAAAUUAAAGUUAUUACUUUUACUCAAAGCAUUCAUGAUGCAGAAUCAUGAUGAAAAACAUAAUCAUUAAUUUUCUUGAUCAAACUGUUAACUGGUGUUUUUCUUUCUUUUAUGCAAAAAAAAAAAAAAAAUAGAAAUUUGUUUUUGAGGCCCAUUAUAGAUUUUCUCACUCAUUAACAAUAUUGCACUUUCAUCAGUAAUAAAUUGCUGUGAAUUGAAAUUUAAGUUUUUGACUUCUGUACUACCAAAUCAAUUAUAAAAUAUAUCCUGAUUCAGAAAAAUCUAUAAAAUGUUUAUGUAUCUCGUAUACUUUUUUGCAUUAAGUUAUAAAAAUUAUAAUCCAGUUUAUCAAUAAGCUUAUAAAUAAAAUCAUGUAAGGCAAAGGCUUACUAAUUAGUUGAUAUGAUUGAAGCUUAAUCCUCUGAUUCCACUUUUUUAAAAAGUCACAUUUUAGAUGCAACAUCUGCAAACAAUCAUAAUUGUAUUUUUAUUUUUUUUUAUCAAAGCCUACUAUUAUUAUGUGCUAGCCAAUUAGUAUGAUAUAGUUUAUAUAUAAUAAUAAGAUAAGGAUAAACAUAUUAGUUUAUGAAAAUCAUGGAAUUAGGAGUUGGAGGACUGUGAAAUUAUGAAAGUGUUUUAAAAUAAAGUAUGAUAAUCAUUAAUUUUAUAAAUUAUUUUUGGGAUUGUUAAGAUCUUUCAUAUUUUAUUACAUAAUCAUAAAAUUUAGAAUGCAUGUUUUUAUUUGGAGUAGUCUCCAUCAGAACUUGAUUAAUACAGGGUAUUGAGAAAAAAAAAAUAAACAUUAUCUGGCUGAAAUUAUAUACCUAUAAGAAAAUAUGUGGUUAUAUCAAAUUGUUUAAGUAGUUUUAUUUUACCUAAAGUAUUUGAAACUAUGACGUCACCUAAUUGUACAAAGUAUAGUGAAAAAUAUACAUUCUUUUGACAAUUUUAUGUAAAUUCAUAAGUUAUAAAAAUUGUGUUAUAGGUAUACCAUGUGUAUCUUCUAAGAUAUAUGCUAAUUUUGUACAUCUUCUUGACAAUUUUAUUUUAUAUAUGAAUGAAAAAUUAAAUCUCCCUUCAUUGAUAAUAAUUAGAUCAAAUUAACUAAAUGUAAAGAUACUAGAGUUGCUGUCUGAAAUAGUCUAAUUCUUUAUGUAUAAUUCUUUAGUCUAAUUCUUAAUAGUAUAAUUCUUUAAAAAAAGACUUAUAGCUAUGCAAAUGUUUUUCCUUGAGAUAAAAUUUACUCAAGAAUGAUUUACACUAAACCUUUCGUUUAAAUUUUCAUACAGCAUUGAUUCAAAGUUAAUUUUAUGGACUAAUUGUUUAUGAUUACUGAAUGUUAUAAGCUUUGUAAAGAUCAAAGUUUUUUUUUUUUUUUUUUAAUCUUCUAAAAAUUUACAGAAAUUAUUAUAUAGAUAUAGUGAGAGGGAAAGAUGUCUUUUAUUUAUUCAAUUUUUUAUAAAUAUUAGUGUGAUUAAAACUAAAUGAAUUAUUUGUUUCCAUUUAAUAAAUUUAGUUAAUAAAGCAUGAUCUUAAUACAUUAUAUUAAUUACUUUUUAAAAAAAAUUGUAACUGUGAUAUCUAGAGCUAAAUACUAUGUCAGGAAGAUUUAAACCACUUGUGUAUUUAUUUGCACCUAUAAUUAAAUGACUUUUCUUAAUCAUUAAAAAGUAUUUCAGGGAAAGAGUGAAUUGGAUAAUUCACUGCCUAUAAUCAAUUAAUAAUUGCAUUUUUUUUAACUUAAAAAUGUUCUCUGAAUAAAAUAUGUUAUUUUCUAUCAAAAUACUCCAUACAUAUAUAUUCUGUGGAAUACAUACUCUGAAUUUUAGUGUUGAGACACAUUUGUAUACUGCAUAUCUUCACAUUGUUAUAGUGUGAAAAUCGUGUAAUUGUCGUAGAGGCUCUAGUUUUAAUCGUUAAUUGUGACUCAGAAUUACUCUUGCAUGUUAUAGCAAUUAGUGUAGAUGAGAAUUGGGUGUAAUUUUUUGCAAAUUAAAUGUACUCAAUCAUGUAUUGUGAGUUUAUUAAUAUCAGAAUAUGGAACUAUAAUCAUGCUUCAUAUUUUUAACUAUGUUUAAUGGAAAUGAUAUGAAAUUAAAUUGAAUUUUCAUUUUUCGGUGGUAAAAGAAUUUUACUUUAAAGGUCUCAUUUAAAAAAAUAUCCAAAUCUUAUUUUGAUUUUUGCGCUGGUUUUCCACCCUAUUUUACUAUCAAUGCAUGUAGCAAAAUAGCUGACUUAUUCCUUUGGCUGAAAUGUAUAAUUCCUUUGACUGUAAAUGCUUCCAAAUUUAGUCAUUAGCUUUGUCAUCCAAUUUAAGUUCGAGUUACCAUAUUCGGUAUUAAUGAAACAAUUUUAUAUUUUUAUACUAUAUUGAUUUAACCACUUGAUUAUCAUAUGAAAUGUAAUUAAUAAGUAUGCUCAGCAUUCUCAGUAAAAAGAAUCCAUUAAUUUUACAAGUUUUUAAUUAAUAAUUAAUGUUAUGUAUAAUUUCCUUGCUAUAGUAUAAAAUUUAUGUUUAUUUUUGAAGUAUUGACUUGUAUAUAAUAUUUCAUUUUAUCAGUGUUUUUUAAUUUUUAUCAAAUGUAAAUUUAUUCAGUAAAUGCACAUUUAACUUUAUUAAGCAAAUAUAAUUACAAAAUUAUGUCAAGGUUAUAUUAUUUAUG